GUCUUUGCCUUGGACCUCGGCGACUUGGAUGUCUUGCGCGAUGCCACUUGGACGACUAACGGAGAACAGGGAGGCUUAGAGAUCUGUUAUUUUGGUUGGGUGAAGAUGGUGGAGAGAAAGAGGAUCUCUCAGUUUGUGGCGGCUUCCUGUCUUCUGACCUGUGUGGCAGCGUUUGGCAUCAUGUGCAUUUGUACCAUCCUCCCGAAUGCGAUGUUGUUCCCAAGCACCAAUGUUGAAUGGCGCCACAAGAACCACAUUGGAUUUGAGGAUGAGCCUCGGCGAUCUGCGCGGACGCAGGAGAGGGACUCCCAGCUU